UCCUAGACUGAUUGUGAGCCAACUCAUGCCAUAUUCGAUGUGUGUAACAUAUUGCAGUGUACAUAACCCCUCCUUUACUACGCCGCACUGGCUGGGAUACCUGCUGUUCUCAAAAACGUCACGCGGAUUCUGUUAUAAAGUCCACCACAAUAGAUCGCCGGGGCAUUUGUUUCCAUAUAGACGCUUGGCAGCAGCUUGGGAGAGAAAGAAAGGCACGCAAGAGGAGACAGAUCGGAAAGAUGUUUUACUCAGGGCUCCUAACAGACAGAAAGGAUGUGGACCUGAGGGAAGCUGCAUCUCUCCGACAACAGAGGAGAAUGAAGCAGGCAGUGCAGUUUAACCACAAGGACUCGGCUGACCUGCUACCAUUAGAUGGACUGAAAAAGCUGGGGACUUCGAAAGACACCCAACCACACAACAUUCUCCAGAGACGGUUGAUGGAGACAAACAUGUCCAGGUUGCGCCACAACCGGGGCAGCUGCUCUCAGAAGAACGAACUCUCACUCCAGACAAAUAAACUGAAUCAAAUGAAACUGGAUGGCCCAAAGAAAACAGAGCAAGAAGACCUCAUCCUGGUGUGCUGCCAGUGCGCUGGGAAGGAACUGCAAGUUGUGGUUGAUACUGGAUGUCAGAGGAAUAUCAUAUCAUCUGCAUGUCUGGAGCGACUAGGAUUAAAGGAGCACAUGAAACCCUAUAAGCCCGAAGGCGAGAAGAUUUCAUUGCCACACAGUAUGAAAGUGAUUGGCCACAUAGAACACCUGGUUCUUACCAUGGGGACUAUUCACGUGGAUUGUUCAGCAAUUGUGGCAGAAGAUAAUGAUAAAAACUUCUCCCUGGGGUUACAGACACUGAAAUCUUUGAAGUGUGUGAUAAACCUUGAAAAGUAUCACUUGAUCUUGGGGAAGACAGACAGGGUAGAAAUUCCUUUUGUCAUUAAUGCCUCUGCACACGAAGAGAAGGCACAUCCUCAUGGCAGCCACCUGCGCUCCUGGUUCAGAGCUGUAGGACACAGCUGGAAGCCUGGGAAGUGUCCCUGGAAAAGCACUUCUGAAGCCUGAAGAGAAUGCACAGCUGGCUUCAGAGAAUAAGGCUUUGUGGUUGAAAGGAGAGUCGGCAAUACUGAUAUCCCCACCUUGCUAGACUGUAGCUAGCUUGUAGCUAAAUGAAGGAAGGAGUCUAGGGCAACUUCAGGCAUUCACUCACCAUGCCAAGAGUGUGGACAGUGGACUUCUAAAAGCACAUCUGAGUCCACUCUUAAAAAUGAUGUCCUCUUUAUGGUCAUCUAAAUAUGAAAAUGUUUCUUUUACAUCUUUUUUGUUAUGAAUGGAUUAUUGAAAUGAAUUGCCUCUUGUGAGACUGAAAAAGACAAUUUUUAUAACUUUUGAACUAACUGUAUUUAGCUGCAAUGAGAGGCUGUGAGAAUCAGAUUUUUAGAAUUAUUUUUAAACAGAGAAUGAUUAAUAAAUGGACAUGAUUGGGUUCAAACCAGAGCUUAUUUACAAUUAAAUAAGUUCAUCCGAAUGCUCACGUAAGUUGAAGAGAAUAUAUUUUUUCCAAGGGUACUGAAGGUGGUUUGAUGGAACUAUUGUUGCUUGUAUUAUUAGAUAUUUUCCAAAUCUCAAUAUCUCAGAAAAAUGUUGUUCUUAAUUUCUCAUUAUGAAAUAUUGGUGUCAACAGUAAGAAGGUGGAGCACAAUUUAAAUCUAUAGAAUACUCAGCUUUUCAUAAUAGCAUAAGAAACUGGAUUUCCAGAUUUUAAACAAAUUAUCUAGAACCACAGUGUAGCAUACAUAAGAAUUUUAAUGUCUACUUGUUCAGCAUUAAUAUUUUAGUUUAUUUUCUUCAAAUUUUGUUGCAUAAUUUUCUCAGUUGUGAUUGUUUUAAACUGUAUCUGUGAGCCUUUUAUUAGCCCAUAAUUCCUGGCAAAAAGAUAAUAUCAGUAGACAAGGACAGACCUCUAAAUAGUUACCAACAUUUUGGCAUAAUAAUUUUCAUCACUCCUUAAGGCUGGUUAUGAGAUAAUUUUGGAAAAAACCAUUUCAUUCUUGGUUUAAAUAUGUAUUCAUCAUCUUAAUGCCUAGAUACUUGUUGCCUUUGUAUCUCCAAGGCAUUCUACAAUAUAUAUAUUACUAGAAUUUCAGGUGUAUUUACCUUUAUCUUGUAAGCAGCAAACUCACCAAAUAAUCUAAAAACAUUGAGUUCUGGACUGAUUCUUCAGCAUGGUUAUUGUUUUAUAGUAUAAAACCAGAUUGAGAAAUGAGAGAAAGAGAGAAUGAGUGUACUGUAUAUAAAAAUACACUGUGGGAAACAAUGUUGCUAUGGCAGCCCCUUCCAUUUUCUCUAAAAAAAAUGAAUAUCCGUGUCCUGUCAUACUCCCUUUGGGGUCAUUCUCACUAAUGGCAUGACUGCUUGAUUCCCAAGAAGAGCAAUUAUCACUCAAUAUUAUCCACCGAACAGGGAAUUUUAACACUUACCACCAGAGACAAUAUUACAGUAAUGAUAUAUAUUCAAGCAGGCUCUCCACUGUUCUAAACAUCAUAUGAUGAGCCACAGGGAAAGAAAGAACCACUUCCUCCCUGCUCCUGGGCAGCACCUUGUUUCUUUUAUUCCCUUAGAGCAGGGCAGUCCAACACAUGGCCCAGGGGCCGUAUGUGACCCUUGAGGCCUUUUUUGGCGGCUCUCAGCAAUAUUUAAUGCCCCCCCCCCCGCCCUUGCGGUGCCCUCACAAAGCUGGCUAAGCAAGGCACUGAGCUUGGGGAGAGAGGCAUGAAGACUCCCCCAGCCUCCUUCCCAAAGCCUAGAAGGAGCUAGGAGGGCUCUAGGUACCUUUCAGAGCCUCAUGGUGCCUCCCCAAAGUCCACCUCACUUAGCCAGCUUUGGGAAAGCAGUGUGAGGGCUGGGGGAGCCUCAGAUUUUGGCCAGGCUCCCCCUCCCUGCACAUGCAUGCCAAGGCAGUGUGCAGCCCAUGGGCUCCAUGUUGAAUCACUCUUGCAGCCCACUUGGUAUGAAAAGUUGGACUACCCGGCCUUAGAGUCUCAUAAGUCAAUAAUGCUGUAUGUUAUGACACACUCUUCAGCGAACUAUCUGGUUUUCUCCAUUAGGCUGAUAAUACCACAGACAAUUCCUGUCCUAUAACUUCUUGGCACUGCUUUCUAUAAUGGUCUUGAGCUUUUUGCUACCAGCAAUAGGUAUUCUUCAAUUGGUUCUGGGUGAUACGUUUAGUUGUGCAAAUUUACUCAAAAAUAAGUGUGUUGUGGCCGCAGUGUGGAUUAACAACAUGUGUAGCACAUAAUUGUCUGAUUGUUUCAACAUGCAGUUCAACUUGCACUAGCAGCUACGUUACAAAUGUGUUGAACUGCAAACUGAAGUGUGCUCAAGCAAUCGUAAAACUUAUAUAGUAUGUGCUCAAGUCUGCAUAUAUCUGCUUAACCCAUAUUCACAACAGGCUAGGGUGGUCUUACUUGUGCACCAAUCCAUAUAAACAAAAAUAGCAAGCAAUAUAUACAGGAAAAUGAUCUUACACACAUGCACUCUCUUCCUUCCUGAGAACAUGGGGAGCUGUUUUGUAUAUAGACACCCCUCUCCCUUGCUCCUUGUUCAAGCUAUUUUCUCUAAGCUUCUGUCCAUAGUACACCUCAAGCCACCAUACCAAGCUCCCAUAUAUGGAGCUGUGUGGUUAGCUAUACGACUAUAUGAUUAGCAUCACAGAUGUGCUUCUAAUUACACCAGUUAAUUAAAUGCUUUGCAGGAAAGAAGCUUUGGUAGACUUGGGUGUGGGUGGGUGUUGUCAAACCAUCAGGAUGCAAUACACACUUAGACACAACAGAUCCCUUUUAAAACUUAUCUAGUAGACUUUGUACUGAAUAUGCACUUACAUUUUGAAGAACCCUAAUUAAAUUCAAUGGAAAUAAGUACUGGCAUUGAAUAAAAAGGGGUAGAGAACCAACGCUUUUAGGCUAGCGUUAGUUUUCAAUAUUUGAUCUGGUUUGGUCAUUCUGGCAGUGACCACAAAGAAUAUGCAAUGGCUACAACAUCUUUAGCACUCCCAAACUAGUAUAUAUAUUUUAAUAAUUUGUAGUUUGGCUUUUUGCAAUGGGUUUGAUAACAUCCAUGUACAGCGCUGGUGUUGCUCACAGAUUUGAAGUAUAAGUGUUUGGAUAUAUUUUUAUCUUUCUGUGCAUCAUUGCCCUCAAUACUUAUAUAUCUAUAUUUACAAAACAAAACUUUUAUGUGUUUGCGAGGUGAACUGCACUGUGUGUAUACCUGCCAACAUGUAGUUGAAAAAUAAAAUAUAUUUGUCUAUGCUACUUA